AUGUCGACGCGCAGUGUCUCGGGCGUGCCGGCCUCGCCUGCCGCGCGUCUGGCGCCGGGCCAGCGAGCUAUAUCGGCGGGCCACGUCGCCGCCCCGCCCGCGGACGCCUCUGUGCCGCCUGUGCCGAUGGUGCCAGCGGAUGUGGGGGCGCCGGCCCCGGUGGCCAGCGCUCCGAUGCCGGCCGGCGCGCCGUCGGCGCGCAUGGGCAACCAGCUGGUGAAUGCGGUCGUCGGCGCGCAGCCGCCGAACAUGAGCGACCUCGAUGCGCCGCCGCCGCCGAUUGUCCUGCCGCCCAAUGCGACGGUCACGCCGUCUGAGCGGGCGAACGCUGACCCGUCGUACCAGCGGAGCACGAUGAAUGCGAUCCCGUCGACGCAGUCGCUCAUGCUGAAGUCGAAGCUGCCGCUUGCCAUCAUUCUAUCGCCGAUGCGCAGCGUGCGCCCUGAGGAGGGCGAUGCGCCGGUGCCCCUGGUCACGGACACGGUGAUUGCGCGCUGCCGCCGCUGCCGCACGUACAUCAAUCCGUUCGUGACGUUUGUUGAGGGCGGCCACCGCUGGAAAUGCUGCAUGUGUGGCAUCACGAACGAGGUGCCGCAGCUGUUCGACUGGGACGCCACGACGAACCAGCCGGCGGACCGCUGGAAGCGACCCGAGCUGAACUCGGGCGUCGUCGAGUUUGUGGCGCCGCGCGAGUACAUGGUGCGCCCGCCCCAGCCGCCCGUUGGCAUGCUCGCGACGGCAGCCAGUGCGAUUCCGUCGUCGCUCGACUCGCUGCCCAACAAGGACAACCGCACCAAAGUGGCGUUCAUCGCGUUUGAUGCACAGCUGCACUUUUUCCAGCUCGUGCCGGGCCGCUCGGAGCCGUCGGUGCUGGUCGUCAGCGACGUCGACCACGUGUUCCUGCCGCAGCCGAACGACCUGCUGGUCAACCUGACCGAGAGCCGCGCCGCUGUCGAGACGCUGCUGCGUGACCUGCCGGCGAUGUAUGCACUCGCAGCGGCCACACCGUCGGCGCUGGGUGCGGCGCUGCAGGCGGCCUUCAAGCUGUGCUCGGCAUCGGGCGGCAAGCUCGAAGUGUUCAGCGCGUCGCUGCCGUCCCUGGGCCCCGGCGCGCUCAAGAUGCGCGACGACAAGAAGCUGUACGGUGGCCCUCGCGAGAGUACGCUGCUGCAAGCGGCGUCGUCGUUCUACAAGACGUUCGCUAUCGAGUGCUCGCGGAGCCAGGUGUCGGUGGACAUGUGGCUGUUUGGCCCGGCGUACGUCGACGUAGCGACGCUCUCGUGCCUCCCGCGGUACACGGGCGGACAGACGUUCUACUACCCGACGUACGAUGCACAGCACCCUGAAAACGCCCGCAAGUUUGCGCAUGAGCUGCACGCCGUGCUCACGAGCCCGAUCAGCUUUGAGGCGGUGCUCCGGCUGCGCGCGACGCGCGGGAUCCGCACGCUGUCGUUCCACGGCAACUUUUUCGUGCGCUCGUCGGACCUGCUCGCGCUUCCCAGCGUGCCGAGCGACCAGAGCUACAUGAUCGAGUGCGAGGUCGACGAGCCGCUGCACACGCCGUUUGUGGUGUUCCAGAGCGUGGUGCUGCACAGCACAUCCGACGGCGAGCGGCGCAUCCGUGUGAUGACCACGGCACUGCCGACGACGACGAGCCUCUCAGAGGUGUAUGCGAGCGCGGACCAGGUCGCGAUCGCGACGUACUUCGCGAACAAGGCGGUGGAGAAGAGCCUCCAUGCGCGCCUCGACGACGCACGCGGCUUGCUGCGCACGCGCCUGACGGACAUCCUCGGCGCGUACCGCCAGACGAUGACCAACACGCGUGGCGGCAAUGCGGCACACCUAAUGAUCGCGCAAAACCUGUCGCUGCUGCCGCUGCUCGUGCUCGGUCUGCUGCGCAACCGUGGUCUGCGUAUGGGCACACAGAUCCCCAGCGAUGUGCGCGCAUACAACCACACACUGCUCACAACGCUGCCGCCGCAGCGGCUGGUGCCGCUGCUGCUGCCCGUCCUGUACUCCCUGCACAAUAUGCCCGCGGGCGCGGGCCUUAUGGAUGUGUCGACCCAGACGCUCGCGAUGCCGCCCCGCCUGAGCCUGAGCAGCGAGCGCUUCGAGCGUCAUGGCCUGUACCUCAUCGAAGACGGCAUGAGCAUCUUUUUGUGGCUCGGCCGCGCCGCCAUUCCCGCGCUCACGAUGGAUGUGUUCGGUGCGCCGGACUAUGCCGCGCUGCGCUCCGGCCCGAUCGAGCUCCCCGAGCUCGACAACCCCAUGUCGCGCCGCGUGCGGGCGAUUGUAGAGCGGGUCGUGACGCAGCGCCGCGGCGUGUACCUGCCGAACGUGUACCUCGUCAAGGAGGACGGCGACGCCGGCAUGCGGCUGCUGGCACUGAGCCGCAUGAUCGAGGACCGCUACGAGCAGACAAGUGGGUACUUGCCGUUCCUUGGGCAGUUGCGCGACAAGCUUCAGAAUUCAUAG